AUUUGAUCUCUCACUAACUUUUCCUGUUCUUACAUUUCAGAACUGAGAAGAGAAAAUGGCAGAAUUGGACGAACGGCUGUGCCGGUUACAAAAUGAAUUCAAAAAAUUGAGAGUCGACUCCGGAGGGGCCAGAAGACACGGAAAGUCGCCCAAGUACGGUGCCUCGACCAGACAUGGGGCCAAGGACUGCGUCCCCAACAAGACGUCGAGAAGUGCAGCCCUUCGACACCUUGCUUGCCCCGAAGCCGUCCACCGUCUCUUUCAGAUUCCGGACCGUCCUACCCGGACAGACGGAGGUGCCACACACACGGGUUUUGGGAGGGAGGAAGGGAGGCCAUCCAGUGGCCCGUCGGGAGCCGAGACGUCGGACGGAGGAGAAAAGAGUCGUGAGCUGACAUGUUCUCGACAGGCAAGAAUGGACGAUGUCACUGUCGACGAAUUGGCAGGAUAUUUCGACAAUCUGGUAUACAUCCCGCGUAAGAUGUCACACAUGGCAGAGAUGAUGUACACGUAGAAACUGGUCCCGAGGAAAUUUACAAAAAACUCUUUAUUUGGAAAUACAUCUGUAUUACAAUCGUCGAUAGCAAUAAAAUGACAAUUUAAAUCACCUUUCUUAAAAAAUUCUAUAAAGUGCCGACGACAGUUCGCUCUCCGGGUUAGCGUAGAAGGCACCUCGGAUAACAUAAAGAGCAAUAAAUUAGGACAUUGUGGGCGCACGCGUGGACAAAAAUACUUCUUAAGUACCAUUCGUUAGUAAAGUUAAAAAAAAUAGUUUUUCGGAAGGAGGCCGAACUUUUUUUUUUUUUUUUUUUUUUU